GUCACAAGUAUUUUGCAAUGAUGAAAUUACUAUAGUGUAGUAUAACGGGUUUCUAGCUGCAAGAUGAAAUUGUUAUUGAUAAAUUUGAUUCUGCUUUUGUCAGUCAUUAUUUCAAAGCAAGAUGGUGACAUCAUUGAAUGGUUUAAAGUUCAGCGUAAGGGUAUAUACGUAAACAGCAAAGGACAAUUUAGGGCAAUCAAGAGUGGAAAAAUAAACGGUGAAGCUCUAAAACAUUCGUUUCCAUGGCAAGCUGCACUUAUCAUAAAUGACACCAUAUUUUGUGGUGGAUCACUUAUCACAGAAAGUUACGUGCUCACUGCAGCUCAAUGUACCCAAUUUAGUGACGACAAAAGCAUUAUUGUUGUCUUGGGGGCUCACGACUGGCAAUCCGAAGAACACUCCCAACAGUACAUUAGGAGCAGUAAGGUCAUAACACAUCCGGAUUUCUCCUCAACUUACGAGAACGAUAUUGGACUAGUGGAACUGUCGACGCCUGCAGUACUCAACGCCAACGUUCAAACAGUUCCUCUCGCCACGUAUGGGAACAACAAUUGGAACUACCAACUCGCCGUGUUAUCGGGAUGGGGCCGUGAUCGUGAUUUGAAAACGACGUCGUUGGUCCUAGAAAAAGUCUUUUUGGCGACAAUACCUAACUCCAUGUGCGCAUCAUACGAAACUUACAAAUCACUCAUCAAAUCGACUAACAUUUGUACCACUGGAAACGUGAAAAAGGGUGGUUGCUUUGUGGAGUCCGGAGGUCCGUUGAUUGUCGCUGGCAUUCAGGUCGGCAUCGUCUCCUUCAGGUCCCACACGUGUACGGACCGAUCGCCGACUGUCUAUACUAGAGUUUCAAAGUACAUCAGUUGGAUAAAAUCUAAUUCGGAUUUGUAAUUCAUGGUAGUUUUGGGGACUUAUUGUAUACUUCAUAAUGAAUGUGUAAAGUAAAAUAAUUUAAUAAAAAUUCAUGUUGAUCGUUAAA